AUGUGGUUCACUCGCGCAGUUUCUUCCCUGCUGUUUCUGUUCGCCAUCAUCUUCACUAUACCCCUCGCUUUCGAUGUUGGCGGCAGAACCUGCGGCUUGGCCUUCUCGCUGGCCCUGUCCAGCUUCUACUUCUUCGAUUCCACGCUGCGCCUGGCCACUCCGGACGGAUCCCGCAUGAGAAAGACUAUCGUCAGCCUACUUUCGCUCUCGCAGUGGAUCGUCAUCCCUACGCUCAUGAUUUGGAGCUUGAACAAGUUCUCGGUGGAUGCGGACAAUAACAGCGGGUGGGUGCAGAGGACGUUCAGUGGUUCUCGGGCAGAGUAUACUUCGGUCAGGGAAUGGAUGUUCGGCAGAGAGGGUCUGGUAGAGACCUUGACGAUCGGAAGCUGGGACAGGCUGUUGCGCUGGUCCACGCCCGUCUUCCAGAUCAGCGAGGGCUUCUGCAGUCUGCUGGUCAUUCAAGCUCUGGGCCAGAUUUCCAGAUGGCUUGUCAACCGCGAACGUGGCGAUAGCUGGAUGAUUGGUCUUUUGAUCGGUUCAGCUUCCGUCAUCUCGAGCGCCGUAUACUUUUUGUGGAGGAUCACAACUUUCCCGGAAAUCGGCAACGUGGACGCCAUUUUAAUCGGGGCCGCCAUAACAUGCGCUAUUUUCCUGUGCUCCUGGGGAAUCGGAAGUGGGCGUGGAAAUCCGGUGGAGAGUUCUUUGCUCUUCGCCUAUGUUACCCUCUGCAUCUACCAAAUCUUCACCGACUAUCAGCCUUCUGGACCAAUCCAGAGUGAGCCAUCUGCCCAGCCAGCACUACCUCCGCUGCCACCCAUCAUCAUGGCUUCCUACACUACCUUGAUGCAUGCGCUAUCGACUCUUCCUUCUACCGUACACUCCGCCUUCAGCUUCGUGGUCGCUGCGAUCAUGACUAUCACACCGUCGGUACUCGUCUCGCUCGCCUACCGCGUCUUUGUCAUGUAUGCGGCGGCUCGUAUUAUUCCAGCCGUUCGAGAGGCAGGUGCACGUGCACUCACCCAGGACCCGUCCUUGGACGAUGACGACGAGGCUGGCCGCGUAUUGGGAUUCCUCAGCUGGUUCAGUCCAAGUAUCUUGAUUGCUGUGUACACAAGCCUGCUCAUGCAACACUUCGCUUCUUCCAGCACCAAUGGCGAUGCAGCUGGUGAGUGGUGGACCAGUCAAGGUGGUGACGCUGGGGGCAAUCUAUGGCGAUGGAUCAACCUGGCUGCUACUAUGGGUCUCUACGCAAUCGAGCUCAACCUCGGCAGAGCGGACGAUGACGGGCGCCUAACAAGCCACUGGAAGUCAGACUGA